AUGACGGACGCUACGGUCGCGGCGGGAGUGACGGCGAUCGUCGACCCGCUGCUUCGCGCCGUCGUUUGCGCCCCCGUCGACCCCGCGCACUACCCGCUACUGCAGCCCGCCACCCGCGCGAUUUCCGCUACUGCAGCCCGUCGCCCGUCCCGUCGCACUGCCGCCCGUCGCCAGAUCCCCGCCACCCGUACGCACUCCACUGCCCGUCGCCAGGUCCCCGCCCGCCCUCCCGCCGACUUCGCAACUGCUGUGAAGGGAGUGGCGGGGGUGGCGAGAGUGGUGGGAGUGGCGGGAGAAGCUGCUGCUACGCCAUUGCACGCGCCAAAUCCAUCAUCCGCCUCCUCCUCCUCUCAUCCCUUGCCCCGUGCCCAUGCCCGUGCUGUCCGCUCGUGUUUCACGUGUCCUUGCUGUCCGUACCCGGUUGUGCCCCGCCAGUCUCACCCGUGCUGUCCGUACCCGGUUGUGCCCCGCCAGUCUCACCCGUGCUGUCCGUACCCGGUGCCCCCCGUGUUCCCGUGCUGCCCCCCGUGUUCCCGUGCUGCCCCCCGUGUUCCCGUGCUGCCCCCCGUGUUCCCGUGCUGCCCCCCGUGUUCCCGUGCUGCCCUCCCGUGUUCCCGUGCUGCCCCCCGUGUUCCCGUGCUGCCCCUCGUGUUCCCGUGCUGCCCCGCUCUCCCCGUGCUGCCCCUCGUGUUCCCGUGCUGCCCCGCUCUCCCCGUGCUGCCCCGUUCUGCCUGUGUUGUGCCCGUUCCCGUGCCGUGUUGCCCCAUUCAGCCCUUGUCCUGCCCCGUUCUUCCUGUGCAGCCCCGUUGUCCCCGUGUUGCCCCGUUCUGCCCGUGUUGCCCCGUUCAGCCCGUGUCCUGCCCCGUUCAGCCCGCGUUUUGCCCUGUUCUGCCCGUGUUGCCCCGUUCAGCCCGUGUCCUGCCCCGUUCUGCCCGUGUUGCCCCAUUCAGCCUGUGUCCUGGCCCGUUCUGCUGCCCGUGUUGCCCCGUUCAGCCCGUGUCCUGCCCCGCUCUGCCCGUGUUGCCCCGUUCUGCCCGUGUUGCCCCGUUCAGCCCGUGUCUUGCCCCGUUCAGCCCGUGUCCUGCCCCGUUCUGCCCGUGUUGCCCCGUUCAGCCCGUGUUGCCCCGUUCUGCCCGUGUUGCCCCGUUCAGCCCGUGUCCUGCCCCGUUCAGCCCGUGUUAUGCCCUGUUCUGCCCGUGUUGCCCCGUUCAGCCCGUGUCUGCCCCGUUCAGCCCGUGUUGCCCUGUUCUGCCCUUGCUGCCCCGCUCUGCCCGUUUGUGCCCUACCCGUGCUGUCCGUACUCGUUGGUGCCCCACCCGUGCUGUCAGUUCUCGCUCAUGCCCCACCCGGUCUGUGCUGCCCGGUCUCGUGCUGCUCGUCACCCCCGUGCGGCCCGUCCAGUACAGCACCUAG